AACACGCGCUGUGUGUUGUGGUGGAGCAGCUACUGGAUAACCACCAUUAGCUUUUGUUAUUUACUAAAUUAGCACUCUUAACCCGCCUAACAUAAAUUAUAUUUGUUUGCUUGUAAAUGGACGGUGUGCCCUGCCUUCGUGUGUCUCGCUGUCAUGCGCAGCAGUACAGGAGAUGUCUACAGUCCCAAGGAGCUCUUGAUCUGAGUUUGUGUGUAGUGAAGGAUUCAGAAGGGACAGUCCUCCUUCCCAUUUUACCAUCCUGUCUAUCAGAACUGGAUCUUCAGUCUCUCAGAACCCUUUUGGCUUCAGACAGUGCUUGUGAAAUAGUUUGGAUUCAGACUCCUCUGCAGUCAAAAAAGGAGAAAAGAAUAUCAAGGGGUAAUAAACUGGAGAAAAUCCUGCAGGAGCUGUUGGAGUCUCAUGGUGAAAAAUGGACGGAGGAGCUGAAGGGGGACCUCCCUCACAGCUUCCAGCGGCAUGGAGAUCUUGUCCUCCUGGGAGACAACUGUUUUGCUCUGCCAGUAUGGAAGAAAAUGGAUAAUCAGCUGUGGACCGCAGUAGCCAGAGGACUGGAGGCAAAACGUCUGGCAAAGAUGAGUCACAUAUCCAGGGAUGGAUUUAGGUCUCCUGAGGUGACAAUGCUGUUAGGAGAGCACAGCUGGGUCAAACAUGUGGACAAUGGCAUUAGUUAUGAGUUUGAUGUCAUGAAAUGCAUGUUCUCAGCUGGAAACAUAACAGAGAAGCUUCGAGUGGCUGCAUUUGACUGCAGUGGAGAGACUGUGGUGGAUUUAUAUGCAGGUAUUGGAUACUUCACUCUGCCCUAUCUGGUUCAUGCAAAGGCCAGUCAUGUUCACGCCUGUGAGUGGAACCCUGAUGCUGUUGAAGCUUUACAGAAAAAUCUCGAGGCAAACAGAGUGUCAGACCGCUGCACGAUUCACCAAGGAGACAAUCGUCAGCUCCAGCUCUGUGAUGUUGCUGACCGGGUGAACCUGGGUCUCAUACCGAGCUCUGAGGACGGCUGGCCUGUCGCCUGCCGACUGCUGAAGAAAACAACUGGUGGCAUUUUACACGUCCACCAGAACGUUACCUCACCGUUACACAACGCUGCAGCUGAUGAUGCCACCCACAGGGUUUCUGGGAAAAAAGCUGACAGAGAGGUGUGGCAAGCCUGGGCUGAUGACACAUCAAACCACAUCGCUUCUCUUUUAAGAAACAUCACCGGUGCUCUGUGGAUAACAAACAUCCGGCACAUAGAGCAUGUUAAGUCAUACGCACCUCAUGUCCACCAUGUUGUGCUGGACUUGGAGUGCAGACCGUCCUGAUUUAAGAACAUAAACACAGAUCGUGAGCAGACACUGUGGCGCUGAACAUUUUAAGAUGCUUUAUUCCAGAGGAUAGGAAUGGGUCAAACCAAAUACUGCAACAGCUGGUUUGAUUAUUUGACAGGUUGUGAAAUCAGCCUCUGUGCUGUUGGAUUGAUGGCAAAACCACUCAUGAAGUCCUAAUCACAUCUGGCAGCUGCCAAGACAUACAACAACCACAGCCCAAUCUUAGCAUUAAGUGCCUUGCUCAAUGGCACCUCAUUGUUUCAUUAUAGUCACUGAAUUGCCCUCAAGUGUUUGUUGACUAGACCCCUUGUAACUGGUUGAGAUAUUUGCAUUACUGCAAAGGUUUACUUCUCCAAGAAAUUUGAAUAAGACAUCAUAGACAGACUCCGCUGCAUUGUCCGUUUAUCUUUGGAGGUUUCAAGCUUAUUUUAGAUAUGAUUUGUUUCUUUGUUUUCUUUUUUUUUACUUCUGAGCCAUAGACAGAGAAGCACAGCUUGAAUAAAUGACUGGAGAAGCAGACUGCAGAUGCUUCCAUAAAGAGUCACCGAAUGGUUUCAUUAGUGUGAACAUGAUCUGAAUCACAUGACAUGAGCUUCACACUCAUCAGGGCUGAACUCCGUUGAGUAGUUUCGAGAGAUUUGUACCCAAAUAAGGGAAUAUCUUCCGGAUGAAUGGUGCUCAUCCUACCAGUAGAAAUCAAUGUCAAGGACUAAUGAAGCGAUUCUGGCAGCUUUUUGAGGUCCAGCAUGUUAUUUUUCCUUUUACAUCCAUCUUGGGGGUGAAAACUCUAAACAGCCAUAUUCUACAGACACACAGUUGGACCUUCAAACUCAGUGAAUGAUGAGUUAUUUUCUAUAUUGCAACCUACCUGCAGCAUUUGGCAACAUGCACAUUUAAUUAGUAGGUACUGUAGACAGGAGAAGGAUUAUCAGUGUCAGCCUGGUAAUUAUUAUCAGCCAGAUUAGUAUAGUUAAACCACCAAAGACACUCUUACUUAAUAAAUAUGGAGGACAAAAUGUGAGUAAAGUGUAAGUAAAGAAACCAAGAAGUAAAUAAAAUGAAUGUCUUGAAUUUAUUUCUACAUUUCAAGACAUCAUCUCUCAUUUAGGUUAUUUGUAUAUUUCAACAUUUUGUUUUGCCGCAUGAGUGGCAGCUCCUAUUUCUUCCCGUGUAACAUUAUUUCCUUAACUCUGUUUUUUUCUACAGCUCUUUGCAAACAAUCAGAGUUUGCUCCUGUACAACCCAAGGAAAAAAAUCAAAACUGUGUUCCCUCUUUACAGCUCUUCCAGAUCAAUCGCCAAGAUAUAACGCUGUUCUCUUACAGCUUCACGUGUAAAUAGAUCAAGUGAACGACUGGUCUUUUCCGCCAAUGUUAUUUGACUGCAAUUUUAGAACUGUGGGCACAUUAUCCUCCUUGCCAUACCUGUAUAUAUGUAAAUUCAUCAUGUCGUAUGUGUACAUAUCCAUAUAUAAACUCCCCAAACCAUAUCUGCACUUACCCAUAUGUAAAUUUCACUGUCAUAAUGUACAUAUCCAUAUGUAGAGUCAUCAUGCCUGAUAUAUUGUCUCUGUGAGACUUUUUUUUAUUAUAUAUUUUUUAUUAGCCCUGUUGUAUUUUUGUCUUAUGUGUAUCCAGCUGCUCUAAUAUGUGAAUUUCCCCAGUGAGAGAUAUAAAGUAUAUCAUGUCCAGUCUUAUUUAUUUCAGUAUUUCUACAUUUCUUUGUUGUAGGAGGUCCUAACCCUCACUUAACACCAUCUAAUUUUGUGUUCUUGUUAAACGGUUAGUGCAGCAGUGUUGUGUUACACAGAUUUUUUUUUUUUUUUUUUUUUUUGUCAUAUUCAACCAGCUGACCAAACCUUCUUUGGACUGAAGUUAGGACAAAUAAUUUACAUACAGAUACAGAAAUAAAUAAAAGUAGAAAUACAGAUAUAGCCCGAUGUAUGUACUAAAUGUAGAAAUAUUUUCAAGGCAUCCCUUUUCAGCCCUGCAUUUUUUUUCUAAAUGUUUGUAUUUAAUUAGUUGUUUAUUAAAACUUUAGACAUUU